AUGGCUCUGAGCCAAGCUCAUCUACCGGCCAGCCAACGGGCUUCUACCGAUCAAGCUGCAAACUUGGCGCGCACACUGUAUGGCAAGGUAGUUGUGUCAAAACACAGCAAAGAAGCUGCUUCUCUGGAUGCUACUUCCGUAACAGGGUCAAGUUCCCCCUGGUCCUCGCCUGUCGCUGCUAAAAACAACAAGGGAAAGAAGGAGGUCUCUGCUGGCAAGGUCUGCCGAAUUCAUGGUGCUGGCCGCCAUUCGACAGAAGAAUGCCGCAUGCUGACAGGUUUUAGCAACAAUGGUUCGUCUGGCAAGGUUUCGAAGCACACGAGUGCGUCGUCGUCGUCGUCUGGUGUGGUUCCGAGUGCUGGUUCUGCUGGUUUGGGAGGCUUGUCGUGGCCAUCGUCAGAUGCAACUUUGGCUUCCGAGUCAUCGUCUGCUUCUGGCUCCGCACCAGUCACCCCGGCUUCUGAGCCAAUCCCUUCUCUUCCUUCCUCGGCUCCUGCGCCGAUCCCUGCUGCUGUUGCCUCCGUGGCUCAUACGGCACCAUCACCAUCUUCUGCUCCGUUCUCGUCUCUUUCUUUGAGUAUGAAACCUGGGCGUUUGUUGAUCCGGGUGCCACAUUUUCGGCAAUCACUCCUUCGCUGCGGUCGUUUCUGGAUUUUACACAACGGAAUCACUGCCUCACAUUCUUUUGAAGUCUUUGAAUUCAAUGCUGAUGCCGAAGUAUCUAUUGGCUCAGAUCUCAUGCCUCUUAUUGGUAUUUACUUGAAAGGGCUCGCCUCUUGCUGGCACCGCUCUUCUCGUCCUAGCUUGCCUGAACCAGAAGAUUUACCUGUACCAAACAAUUCUCUUGCUGGUACACCAGAGCAACACAAACAAUUUCUUGAAUCUAUUCAACCUUACAUACAGGAAAAUAUAAACAUUCCUCCUUCUGCUUUUUGCACUCUUCCCGAAUCGGUUGUUCGUAUUCACACACCUGAAGGAAAAGUUGUAAAUCGGCGUCAAUAUCCUUUAGCAGACAAAUUGAUUCCUAUUCUUCAAACACAGAUAGAUCAAUGGUUAGCUGAUGGUAUUAUCAAACACGCUCCUCCUGGUAAUGCAUGGAACAAUCCUAUGACAUUUGCACCCAAAAAGGAUCCGAAAACAGGAUUGCCUACAUCCUAUCGACCUUUGACUACUGAAGAUACUCUAUCCGAAAUGGAAACUAGCAUUACAUCUUGGCUGUUGGAAUUGCUGCAGGAGAAGCAAUCCGAAGAGUUAUGGCGUGACAUUUGUACGGCAUUGAUACAACCUGAAUCAGCUACUUACAGCGAAGAUCUCGAGGCAUUACAUGAACAAAUCACUAUGGCAAAUUCACAUAAAAUGGGCCAUAUCGAUCGCCCUUAUUAUUCGGCAAUGGCACGUAUCUUGACGUAUUGUUUUGAGCAAGGUGAGCUACCCGCAAACCUUGUUCAGAAUCCCGUCAACCUUCUUCAAGUCACCAAUAAGGAACGAUUAGAUAUGAUACAAUAUGAGCUUUCCACUUUAGAACAUUCAAAGGAAGGUCUUCACCGCUUACUUUUCGAGAAACUUUUACCGGAAGAUUGGAGAAUAUUUCUUCAAAUACGAACGACCACCGGCGGAAGCACUUUUCGCGUCAUGCCGCCGAGUCUUCGAGAAUGUUUUGAAACCUUUACACGAGUAUAUCAAAAGACAAAUGCUAAACCCCGUCGCCAUGGCCAGCCUUAUCAACUGACUGUAGGCGCGAAAGCUUUGACAGAGGCAAAGAAAAACGAACAUGCAAAUGAGAUCCUGAAACAGAUUCUAAGUGACCCCGUAUGGAUCAACUUGCAUACUUUGCCGCAUGACCGCAACGUGUUUGAGAUCCGUCAAAGUCAAGGAUAUGGGGUUCGCUGGACAACUGAAGGAGAUGGAGUUUGGGGGUUUCGAGGGUUUUUGGAGCCACAGAUGGAGGAUGGCCAUUCAUCAAAAUGGGUUCACUGA